UUAGUCGGUGCCGGUCCCGAAACGCGUUCACGUCUGGACAUUCCUGCGGGACACGCAUAACUUAAAGAUGGCAACAGACAUGUACAUUUGAUAGGGCGGCCAGUCGUGUUCGCAAACGAGAACCGGUCCGGUCCCUGAGGAGAGAAACGAUAACGGGAAUAAUGAGCGACUGACGCGGGGGUGGCGUCGGGUGAUAAACGCGGCUAUGAACGGAUAGAAGAACCGGUGGUCGGUCCUUUGCUCAGUCCGAGAAAAAUCCUCGAAAAAGGGAGGAGAGCUGACUCUUCCCGUCUUUUCUAAGCGACUCCGUGCGAGCCGGUUGUGUGGAAACGUUAGGCACCCCCGAUGGCACGCCCGUGACCAAUGGUCCCCCAAGACAAAGGCGGGAGAAGAAGAAACCGCUUCUCACCUUAGAGGACAGAGGGAGAAGAAAAUAUGGGGAAGGGUGACAAAAGGGGCACCCCCCAGCGCAGCGACGCGGGCACGAAUCUCAUGGGCAAAUUCACGCAAAGCGUCCGGAGGAUCGUCCAGGAUGUAAAAGACGAAGGAACUUCCAGCGGACAAACGAAGGAGGAGGUGAUCGAGACGAAUGAGAGGCUGAGAGUGGUAAGGAUACGGUUGGACGGAAGUUACGAGAUCGCGAAACGUGCCCUCGUAGAGCUUAUGACCAAGUAUACUAACAGCAAGCAGGUCCGCAACGUGUUCCAGCGUUACCACCUCUUAAAAAUGAUGAUCAAGGAGGUGAUCAAAUUGGAGACUCAGUAUUGGACGCUCGUGGACAUCCCGAAGCAGGAGAAGCAGGAGACGGUGCCCGCUUUUGUCCUGCGCGCGUGUUCCAUAAUGGAAAAGACGCACAAGAGCGGCGAGGGCGUGAAGACCUCGGCCAGGCUGGCCGAGGAGGCCGCGACCAAGAGGGAACGCAUCGAGGAACUCGAAAGAAUGACAACGGCGCAGAUCGAAGCGGAGAACACGCAAAUGACGAACGACCUGUACAGACUGUUGAAGAAGUACACCGGGUUAAGAAAUCUCAUCAGGAAACUAAAGGAGGAGUACAAUAGCACAAAGGUGUAUCCAAUCUUUCCCCGUUACCCGAUCCUAAAGGACAUGAUAAAGGACAUAAUGCACAACCCUGACUACAUGGAGGUUUGUCACGAGGCAUAACUAUCGGACCCCCAUCGCCGUUCACCGCGUAUGACCAUAUAAAAGUUAGCUUGACAAUGCGGUGGUCGCGCGGUCCCCGGCGAGGGGGGUGUCGAAACCGGAAACGAGCCUCCAUCGAGGCGAUAGGUUCUUUGCAAAUUCGUUUCACCCCACGGUCGACGUAUCUGUGUUCAUUCGAAUCCAGAUAAUUUACUCUAUACUUUCUUAGACUGCGGAUUUUCAUGAAAUAUUAAUAAUAUAAUUUACGAAAAAUUAAAUAGAAAUUGAUUUCAUUGUUUGAACAUGAGGCUUUUGAUAUUUCAUAUAUUUUUAUACAUUACACCGUUUCUAUUUGGAAUGGAAUCCGCAGUCUGGUGAUACUAUUCGCUGAUCAGUCGUUGAAUAAUAAUAUUAAUAAUAAUAAGAGAAGUUCCUCGUUUGGAACGAAGCUUUUAGUAUAGCCACAUGUUCGUCAAGGAAUCGCCAAGUCUGCUGCUUGGUGAGUAAAGUCCAAGUUGAAGAAUUCGUUUAAAGACUGUUUAGAAUUACAGUUAGGAUCUUAAGGAACAAUGGAUAAUAAUAUGUGGACUGCAGAUUUUUUGCAUUUAUAUAAAAAACUGAAUGUGCAUUAAAUAUAAACGCGUAAACUAUAUGAACUGUCGUGGAUGCAGUACUAAUUGCAUGACUACCAUAAGUAUAUUAUUUUGCAUAAAAGUCAGCAGUCUAAUAAAAAAUCUUGGAUGCAAGAUCGGGUGACGGCACCAAGUAGCAGAAGGAGGAACGAUUCCCGUCGUAAAGGAGAGAUCGGUUCGAUCACGUUAGUUUCUGAUUCCGAUCGGAAUAGCCGCUUGCACGUUGAGACACAAACUACAGAAUUACACUUAAAACGGCACGCGUCGAGCACGCCGAACGCCGUGAACAUCGUGUAGAAUUUUUAUUAAAGCAGCUAACGAAAAAAUCCUAAUUAAAACAAUAAGAUUUAUAAGACGUGACCCCGCGUGAAUGCGUGCGCGUAUGCUUAUCGAAAUAUUGUUAAACGAACUAAAUGUGAAUCUGCUUCCUGCUAUAUGAUACUGGAUGGUCGAAAUAAGCAUCGCGAAUAUAUUUAGUGAUAGUUCGUUAAAUAAGAGGAGACCUCUCUUCACCUACGAACAGGACAAACCGUAGAAAAUCUAGUACUCACACGGUAUAUUAAUUCCGCGAAAGACGACAGUCCUUUUUUAAUUACGUUGAUGAGCAUAUUAGCAAAAAAUAAAUUAGUUCAAAUAAUAAUAAGCUUCUGAUAUGUUAAUUAGAUCGUAAAACUCGAAGCAAAAUUAUUUGUCGAGGUAAUGAAGAAAAGAGUGAAGAUAUAUAAAUGUUAAUUAACAUAUCGCUAUUUCAACAGAUUCUAACGAGACGUUCGUUUCAAGAACUCUUCGAUACAAAGUUAAAAAGAUACCUAUUUAUUUUAAUAACGCUACGUCGUGAUCAUUUUCAGACACACAGCAAACCAUUUAAUAAUAAUAAUCGAUAUUGAAUGUUUCGAAUCUAGUCGUAACGAGAAAAUCUACUUAACGUAAGGAAUACUAUUUAAGGAGAAAGUAACAAAUGGCUCGCAGCUUGAAAUCAAAACGCAACACGUAAUGCGCGACGCACAUUGAGGCGACAAGGCUGGUCCGUGACGGAUCUUUCUCAAUGUGCGACGAUGCCUAGUCACCCCGUAAUCUGUUCCCCCGUACGUUUAAAACCAUCUAUUCCAAUUAAAGACACUUUACACGAAGUAACGGAUCAGAAAUGCUGGGUACAGGCACGCGAUUUUUAUAUUUUACCAUUGCGUCGAGCUUCGGCGAUUAACGUUGACGUUGAAAAUGUGAUUUCUGACUUUACACGAAAUCAAACGUUGCGAGGGAGAACAUAUUUUUUGAGCGACAUUGUUUUCUAUCGGAAACCGCUGCAUGCUUCGUUGAUAUCAAAAGCGAACGUACAAAACGAAAUUCUAAGCGACCUCGAACGAGCUUACGCUUCAUUCAUUCAUUUCGCGGCGCAACAGCCUUUGUAUAAAAUUUAAAUCAAAUUUCAGAAGCGCUAUGAAAAAUUUUUGUCUGGAUCCAGCAUAGAAUAAGAGACACGUAUUACAUACUAACUGUUUAGAGAAUAGCGCUUUAAAUAUUUACUUCGUGAAAUGUAUAUAAAGACAACAUACGUACGUUUAUAGAAAUUUUACGAUACAAAAAGUUACACUAUGACACGAUCGAUUCGUUUUUCCAUUGGUUGUGCAGAAAUUUUCAUAUUUUCUCUCUACACGUAUAAUCAAACGUUUAAUUAAUCAAAAUGAUUUGAUAAGAUCAAAAUUGCGACGUAUGAGUUUUCAUUUGAUGAUGUCAAUUAACACACACGAAGACCAAGUUCGAAAUCUAAAAAUAUACACGACGUAUUUAUGAUUGAACCUUUGUUUCUCGCGAAAUUCUAUUUACGAUAACUAUACAACAAAAUAUAUUUGUAAUUACCAUAAGAUAAUUCAGUCGCGAAGGCACGGUCGAUAUUUUUAUGCGACACCAGAAUACCUUCUUAGACCAAUUAUCGUACGGUUAAGGUAUAGAUUAAACAAGAAAAACUAAACGAAAAAAAAAAAUUAAAUAAAAAACAAGACGUAUGUGUAGCGACGGAAUAAAGCUAUGUAUACUCGAUGCAAUGUCUCUGAAUUGAUGAAUAUAGUAAGCGUGCUCGCCUUUUUGAUAAAAUUAGGGGAGUGCCAAAUAGAUUUUGAAAGUUUAUACAUACGUGUGUGCAAGUUAAGUACGAACAUAGUAAUGGCAUAUACAUUCGUGAAUGUUACUGUACAAUUUUUAUAUACCUAUCUACGUACAGUACUCUAACACAAUUUCGCUGGACCGAUCCUUAAAUUAUCUGUAACAGAGUAUAAUUAGGAAGGAAGCUGAUUAAUUUCAAUUAAACCACCCGUUAUAAUAGAAAUUUUCUUUAGAUAUUAAAAAGCAUCGUUUCAGCGAAAUGAAAUAUCUAAUAGUUAAGUAUAAUUACUAUACACUAUAUAAAGAUGUCUGACAUGAGAGAUCUACCUAAUGUGUUUGAAGAUUGUAUAACAUGGUAGACGUAAAAACGAUGUUAACACAUUAUUAUAUAAAUGUAUAACAUUAUAAAUGGUGCUUUGGUUUCUCGCGAGAUAUUAAGAGAGAGAAAGAUAGAGAGAGAGAGCAGUUUCAGUUUCUUUGUUUUAUUCUUGCCAUUUAAAAUAGUAAGAAACUGUUCUAUUGCUUCAAGGCAUAUUCUAUGUCCCGAACGAGCAUUAAAUAUUUUGUAGAACCGGGAAGAAAUCGGCCAGUGAUACACGAUGAUCAAUUAUGAAAUCAAAGGACCAUUAUCCGUUGAUUAAAUGCAUACUGUACAAUAACAAUGUUGAACCGGUCAACAAUGAUUAAAAGAAGAAAAAGGUUACGUGUGCGAUGAACGAAAAUUCGACCAAUAUGCCCCAUAACCAGUAUUCGUACGCUAUUUGGCGCAUUGUCUAAGGUCUACAUAUUACAGAUAUAUGUAUAUUCGCCUCGUUACGGUGAGCUUCUCCGUGCAUAUCGACGUAAGUUAUAGAUGUAAAUUUUUACAGAACAAAGAUAUAAAUAUAGAUAUAAACAAAUGGAUAUAUAUAUUUUGACAGAGGACACGAGGUGGUCGCGCGACACAUUUCGCGCAAGAUUUUCACCGAGGCUGCAAGUACUUAUAUGUCUUGCAGGCAAACUCGAUGAGAAAUCGUAACAUCUUCGGGACAGAAUUCAAAAUCGAAAGAUUCGAGAUGAAGUUUUCUAAAUACACGGUAGACUGCGGAUUCUUACGUGAAACAAAACGUUUGUGAUAUCGAUUUAAAAAAAAAAAAAACGAGAUGAAGAUUUCUUUUGUCUUUAAUAAAAUAUAUAAUACGCAUUAUAAUAAUUGCUGAUUCAUAUCUUUUUCACAAAUACGUAUGCGUAGGAUCCGCAGUCUUGUCACGAGUUUCGUAGCUACGAUAAAUUUUCCGGUUUAUCGAGCAAACUGAUUCCUUUCAUGCACUAUUAGAGUACAAGCGUAUAGCGAUGAGGUGUCUAGGUACCUUGUUAGCUCAGCUAGAUCCGUACUUCAUUGUAAAACGUGAAGAAUCGCGUAAACGACUCAUUCAUCAAGCUAGAUCGGGUAGAACAUACUGCGCAGUGUUGUAUCAUAGUCAAUAAUUGUCACGUUGUACACCCCGUCAGACGCUCGAUUCAACAUUGGUAAACAGGUGAUGCAAUCGGAAUAGUAAUUGUUGUGUAAAGAACGCUUGUCGAACCUUGGUACCAUUAUAAUACAUGUAACGAUCGUUGUAUUUAAAGAAAGGAACUAAACUAUUGUGAUGUUUGUAUGUCCGUUAUGGUAGGAGGUCGAAUUCAUUUAAUAGAAUCAAACAUAGUGUACAGGUCUAUCUAUGGUAUUUCGAUCGAAAUAAGUUCCAAAUAUUUUAUAGGAUUAAAAAUUGUACGAUUCCGUGUCUCCGAUGUUAAUUAUUCGAUUAAUUGUCAGGAGAUCUGAUUGUACAAAUUAUGUUUAACCACCCUGAACGAAUCUGCAUAAACGCGGCUCAAGGCAACAGCGUAAAUUAAACCCUCGUCAAAGAGAAAGAAAAGUAAAUCGAUGUUCUAAUUGUUCCGUGUCAAUCUGCUUUGUUAAAAGAAGCUUAACGCCGAUGCUGCACUGUCUACGUUCAACGAUACUGUAAAUUAUUUCCCCUGAAUCGAUUUUUGUUCAAAACCGAUUGAAUCGCGGCAGCUACGUUAAGAUUCUUCGAAGCUAAAAGAUAUUAGAGAAGAAAUCGCGCAAUGUCGAUGUGUGUAAAACCAUUAGCUCACGUUGGACAUUAGUCGAAUCAGACGAAUUGUAUGUUAGUUAUCUCGGGAGAAGUGUUACAAGGGAGAAAUUGAAUGUUUGUAAUCGCGUUCAUUAAAAGAACAGACUGGCCCCUCGCGUAAAUAGAAAACGCGUUUACGGUACGCGAUUGUAGUCGCUAGAUAUCACAAUAGAUUAGAACAAAAAUUCGUAUGCUAGAUGUUACGGUGUCGUACUAAUGUUUACAGUUUACACUUUCCCAUAUUUACUUAUGGAAAAUUAGCGAGUAGUUAUACGUGUAAACGUUGCUAGAAUAGCUUUAGAGGAUACGUAUUAUAGUUCGUUCGAACAGAAAUCCUUGUGCUGCGAUGUACUAACAUUAAAUGUGCGAUCCUUAUUAUUAGUUUCAUCUAAUACACAUAUGUAUACAUCUUUGUUACCGCUAAUGACGACAUUACUUGUUUAUUGGUUGUUAAGCUUUGUUAAUAAAAUACUAUAAGAUUUUAA